UUCUCUUCAGUUUAAACGGAAGUGAACAGUGACUAAGAGCAAUUUCCACGUUAGCGUUUGUAUUAGGACGUUUACUAACACCAUGGAACUCAAAAUAUGACAUUUAAAUGCAUAGCGUCACAUAAUUAUCCCAGGUAGUGUUUAAUUUUCGUUGGAGACAGGACUUGGUUGAUAUAUGUUAUCUAGGUAACGCUAGCUAGCUGCUAACAAUGGCUAACUGUAUGGUUUUUCACGCUCAAAUAGCCUCCAUCAUGGAGGUGCUAGCGAAUGCAGCCGUGGCAGAGAUCUGUAAACUCGUAGAUGACGACUAUGCAGUGUUUCGUUUGGAAAUAACUCAAAGCCGGAAAGAAAACGGCUCAUUGCGGAGGAAACUACAGCUUCAAGAACUGAAGGUGGCACGGGAGCGCGCAGAAAGGACAAUGCGAGAGCGCGUCCUCGCCAGCCGUCCCAGUAGUGUCAAGAUCCUCGACCGAAACAGAGGAAUGGCAAGAGGUGAAGGACAUCUCACUGGAGGCCACAGGAGUUUUGUGAAGCCAGCGAGAGACAAUACAUGGCGAGAUGACCAACCAAUCACUGUUGAUGAGGGGAGUGGAACCUCAGCCCAGAACUUUAUUGUUAUAGAGUCUGCAGAUGCAGAGGCUGCAGGUCCUGGGGUGAAGUUGGAGGGGUCUGAAGGAGAGGACCCACGGCACAGUAGUGACAUCCAGACUGGAGUGGCUGGAGUGCCCCAUGAAGCCACUGAGGACUCCACCACCGCCCCAGUGCCGCCCAGGACCCAACGCAGCAUCACGGAGGAGGUGGAGGGUCCAGAGGUGCUGUUUGUGAAGGAGGAGGGCUGUGAGGAGGUUCUGGCGAACCCUGAGGGGAACAUGGUCAUGGAGGACAACCAGACUACACCUACUUCUGAACCCACAGAGGAAUUAGCUGAACAGCACAGGACCACAUACAGUCUCACUGAGUCAGUAGACAUGGAGGAUGGGAAGCCUGAUCUGCUGCUGGUCAAAGAGGAGACAAUAGAAGAUGGACCAGAGAACAUUGAUCUGCUGAGUGGUCUAAAGAUGGGGGAGCAAGCCUCCAUCAUGGAGGUGCUAGCGAAUGCAGCCGUAGCAGAGAUCUGUAAACUCGUAGACGACGACUAUGCAGUGUUUCGUUUGGAAAUAACUCAAAGCCAGAAAGAAAACAGGGCAUUGCGGAGGAAACUACAGCUACAAGAACUGAAGGUGGCACGGGAGCGCGCAGAGAGGACAACGCAAGAGCGCGUCCUCGCCAGUCGUCCCAGUAGUGUCAAGAUCCUCGACCGAUACAGAGGAAUGGCAAGAGUGACUCUCUCAGGUGAAGGACAUCUCACUGAAGGCCACAGGAGCUUUGUGAAGCCAGUGGGACACAAUACAUGGCGAGAUGACCAACCAAUCACUGAUGAUGAGGGGAGUGGAACCUCAACCAAGAACAUUAUUGUGAUAGAGUCUGUAGAUGCAGAGGCUGCUGGUCCUGGGGUCAAGCAGGAGAGAUCUGAAAGAGAGGAGGACCCACGACACAACAGAGAGAUCCAGACUGGAGCGCCCCAUGUAGCCACGGAGAUCCCUACCACCACCGCCCCAGCACCGCCCAAUACCCAACAUAGCAUCAUGGAGGAGGAGGAGGGUCCAGAUGUGCUGCUGGUGAAGGAGGAGGGGUCUGGGGAGAGUCUGGGGAACCCUGAGGGGAACAUGGUCAUGGACAACCAGACUACACCUCCUCCUGCACCUAAAGAAGCACCAGCUGAGCAGCACAGGAACACACACAGUCUCACUGAGUCAGUAGACAUGGAGGAUGGGAAGCCUGAUCUGCUGCUGGUCAAAGAGGAGACAAUAGAGGAUGGACCAGAGAGCAUUGAUCUGCUGAGUGGACUAAAGAUGGGGGAGCAAGGUGGUUGGCUGGAGGCUAACAGAGGAGACUGGGUGGCCAUCUUGGAUUCCCAGACCGGUGCAGCCAAGGACCUGGGGAAUAACAUCACUGAGCAGGCCAGGACCAGAGGCGACAUAGUGGAGGUCAGUGGAUGGGACAGCGUCCUCAACUCUGGGCUGGGGAUCAACACUGUUAACCAGAAACAAACAGUCGAACACAAAACAACAACUGAACUUAGUCUCCAUGACAACAGACUGGCUGAGAUCAGGGCGAUGCGUAGAGUUGGUCUGCAUGGACGGGGAGGUGUCCGUAUGCAGCGAGAGAGAACAGACAUUGACUUGGCUAGCAAUGAUCUGUCCUGCUCCUAUAGUUGUGAUUCAGAGAGACUGAUGGCGCCUCAGGUUACCCCCCUAACAGGUGCUGCCUUCAGCCUGUCUUCUAUAGGAUCUAUCAACUGGAACAUGGACCCUGCGACAACACAGACACUCCCUGGCCUUAAUCCUCCUCACACUCUCCUAAUGUUAAACCAGACCUCAGACAAUGCAAGUUCCUCAACACUAAAUGGCUACACAAGCUCAUUGACAAAUGAAAAUAGUAGAGACAGAAUCAGUAAAGGUGGCAGCGCCAAAGAGAAGCGCUUCCGGUGUUCGUUCUGUGGGAAAGCCUUUAGUUUCCCUCAACAGGUGGAGAUCCACCAGAGGAUGCACACGGGAGAGAAACCGUUCGGCUGCCAACUGUGCCGGGCCCGUUUUUCCCGAUCGUCCCACCUGAAGAGGCACCAGAGAGUCCACACAGGGGAGAAACCCUACAGCUGCCCCCAGUGUGAGAAGAGGUUCUCCCACCAGCACCAACUAAAGAUGCACCUAAAGAUCCACACGGGAGAGAGGCCAUUUGCCUGUAUACACUGCGAGAAGAGGUUCUCAGAGAGGAGCUACCUCAGGAUACACCAGCAGAAAAUACACAGAGACCAUGUAUAGUAAUAUGUCAUGUAGAACUAUAUAGUUUGUUUAGAGUUAAUUCUGUUGGUUUUGGAUAUAGAGGGAACUGGACGAGGUGAAAUAAGGAAAGAAUGAGUGAUGAGGCAGUAGAUGAUAUGGUGAUGGUGUCUGUAAAAAUGCUUCACUGAUGAAGUGACAACCUUGCCCUGUUUGACGGUGUUUUAUAAUGAGGAAAUGAUCGUGCCUUAAUUCAUGUUUACUUGACAUAAACGAGUGAAGGUGUGUGUAAUGUAAUGUUGAACCUUUUCCAAAGUAUUCUAAACUUAAUUUUUAUCAAAGUGAGGGUACCAGAUUUACAGAAAAGGUCAAGUGUGUGAGAAGUUAUUCUACUUAUCACAUAUUGUUUUGUGAAAUAAAAGUACUGUAGUUCACGUUAUUUGAGUGUGACCAUUUUGUUGAAAUUAAAUUCAAAAUGACUUCAUGCUGACUGACUUGAUUCUU